AUGGAGUCUAAGAUCGGUUGUAGUUUGGUUUUCUUACCAACUGCUAAACUUGUUUGGGAACAAGCCAAGGAACUUUACUCUGGUGUUAACAAUUUGAAGCGGAUUUAUGAUCUUCAUCAAAAUUAUUUCUCCUUGAGUUUGGGUGAUAUGUCUUUAGAAGACUAUUAUAGCAGGUUUAAGGGUGUAUGUCAAGAACUCAAUAUUUAUCAGCCUAUCUCCUCUGAUGUUAAACUUAUGAAGAAACAACGAGAUUCUAUGCAUGUUGCUCGCUUCCUCUCUGGAUUGCCUAAAAGUUUGAAUCCAGUAAAAUCACAAAUCUUAGCUAGUCCAAACCUCCCUUCAUUAAGUGAAGUUUUUGGUAGACUUCAACAGGCCACAUUAUCUGAUUCGAGUAUUGAUCCUUUCUUUUCCUCCCAUACUGAUGCAUUACCUUCUGGUGAUAAAUCUACCUUUACCACUUAUAUGGGGAGUAAUAGAGGUGGUCGUGGAGGUCGAGGUCGUGGGGGCCGAGGCUGUGGAGGUCGUGACCAAGGGCGUCGUGGGAGUGAACAAGGGGGUCAUGGUAAAGGACGUGGUCUUCGUAAGUGCACUUAUUGUCAUGGUGAGAAUCAUACAGUAGACUUUUGUUGGGAGUUGUAUGGUAAACCCUCGGCUAACCAAGCUAGUUUUCAAGUUCAAGAACCACCUUCACAGUCACUUCCACCGACAUCUAGAGUAGUCUCUAUUCCUAAGGAAGAGUACAAUUGCCUCUUGUCUCUGCAUUCCAACUUUGUUGGGUCUGAUUCUACUGCUACUUUGGCUUAA